AUGCAGGUCGCAUGUCGAGCUCUCAUCGGAGCUCUUUCCCUAACUUUUCUCUUCAUCUUCAUCGGAGCACACAACAUCACUCGGAUUCUCGCUAAACAUCCCGAAUUCUCCACUUUCAACCACUAUCUCACCGUCACUCACCUAGUCGCCGACAUCAAUCGCCGCCAAACAAUCACCGUCCGCGUCGUUGACAACUCCGCCAUGUCCGAUCUCCUCUCUAAAGGCUAUUCCGUCUACACAUUACUAUUCCGUCUACACAUUACAGGAAGAAAGGUUGCAUUCGGUGCAUUAGACGAUACCGGCGACUACAAACUCACAUCAACAUUUGUGAAAACCGUUCAAGAAAUGCCAUACAAUAUUUCUGUAAUUCAAGUCAGUCACGUCAUGGCCUCGCCGGAUGCUGAAGCACUAACAGCGCCUCCGACAGCACUUAACCAACGUCAUUAA